AUGCGGUUUUUACGUGUCUUUCACCGCAAGCCUAAAACAGUGUCGAACACGACACCCGACGACGCCGCUGGCGAUGCACGAACACGCGACUUCUCGACACGUAUCACGACAUCCUGUGCCCAUCCCCUCUCCGCCAGUAGCUGGAACCGUAUGAAGCAGGGGUAUCAACCCAAGGGCAUGGACGACCGAUGGGAGAUCUCUCUGGCGGGAGAAGAGAAGCUAGUGUUCGCAAGGAGCUGGACGAGGUCACCGAUCGUCGAGAUCCAGGUUGCCGCGGGAGAUGAAGCAAGGAUUGUGGCGAUCGCGUAG